CUUGAGGUUGAGGUCCAAUGGUGUUCCCUUCCUCCAUGCCACAAACCGAGCUUCCUACCACCGGACAAACACAGGACACUAUCACCGAGGAAACGCAAGAAAUGAGCCAAAGUGAUACCAAUCAGAAACAAACACAAGAAAUCAAGAGCAAAGAUGAGUCCAUGCCCACGAGUGACCGCCUCAUGUUGGAGCUCCGGAAAUACAUCCUGCUCCUGGCCUCGCUUGUGGCCACGGUGACGUACGCUGCCGCGUUCAGCCCACCCGGGGAUGUCUGGCAGGACACGGCCGACGGACACCUCGCCGGCGAUCCCAUCAUCCGGGACACCCACCACCAACGCUACUUGGUGUUCUUCUACUGCAACGCCACCGCGUUCGCCGCGUCGCUCGUCGUCAUCGUCCUCAUCCUCAUUCUCGCCUCCCUCGACGACAAGGAGGACCACUCCAAAAUCAUCUGCGAGUACAAGAAGAAUCCAUGGAUCGCCGUCCGCCCGCUGCAGGCGGCCAUGGUGCUGGACCUGCUCAGCCUCAUGGGAGCCUACGCCGCCGGUACCUGCCGCGACACGUUCACCACCAUCUACUCCUCGCUGCUGGUGAGCACAGUCGUCGUCUACCUCAUGGUUCAGAUGGCGAUGGCCUCCCGCUUCACCGACUCCAGCUCCGGUAGCGUUAUCGUAGGCAAAGUGGAAGAACAACAGCUCCCUGAGUUGCUUGCGGCUUCGCAGCCUGGCAAGAACCCCGACUCCGGUUCCGGUACGGGCGUCGUCGAAGAAGAAGAAGAACGGCUGCGCAAGCGCAAGGUCCUGAUGCUUCUCGCGACGUUCGCCGUGAGCAUCACGUACGUGGCCGGGCUGAGCUCGCCGGGGGGAUUCUGGGACAGCACCGAGGCCGGCCACCGCCCCGGCGACGCCAUUCUCAAGGACAGCCACAACGCGCGCCUGGCGGUGUUCUUCGCCUUCAACACCACGUCGUUCGUCGCGUCGCUGCUCAUCAUCGUGGUGCUCCUCGACAGGACGCUCCGCGAGAUCAACGCCUACGGGUUCAUCGUGGUGGCGCUGGGCAGCCUCGUCGGCGCCUACACCGCCGGCAGCUGCAGGCAGACCGACACGACCGUCUACGUGGUCGGUCUGGUCCCUGCCGUCCUGGUAUACAUACUGUUCCUCCUAUUGGUUGUACGGGCCAUCGUCGCCGUGAGGAAGAAGUCAGAGCCAGUGAUACAACCACAAGCAAUGGCAAAUCAGGGAGGAGCAAAGCGUGAGCCAACAGAGAACGAGAAAGCAGCGGACCAAGCUCGGUCUCUUGUGCUGCUGCUUGCCACUCUUGCGGCGACGAUCACAUACCAAGCCGGGCUGGACCCGCCGGGCGGCGUCUGGCAGGACAACCGGGACGGCCACAAAGCCGGCGAUCCCAUCCUGCUGACGACGAAUGCCCGGCGCUACAAGGCUUUCUUCUACUGCAACUCGGUCGCCUUCGUGGCGUCCCUAGUCGCCAUCGUCUUGGUCCAGAAGAAGCUAAUUCUGCACAGGCACCACGUGCUGGAAGCAGUCAUGAUACUGGACCUGUUCGGCCUCAUCGGCGCCUACGCCGCCGGGAGCUGCCGGGAUGUGAGCACCUCGAUCUACGCCAUCGCCUUGGCAGGUGCCGUCCUUGUCUACGUGGUGAUCCACGUCGUCUUCAUCACGCUGGACCACACCAACAGCAGCAGGAAGAAGGAUGAUGAGCAUGUGGAGAGGACACGCAAGCGGUUGCUCCUCUUCGCCAUAUUGGCGGCGACCAUCACCUACCAAGCCGGCCUCACUCCUCCGGGCGGUUUCCUGCUCCAAGACGACCGGUCCAGGCACCACGCCGGCGACCCGGUCCUCUUGUACAACUUCCCGCGCCGCUACAAGGCUUUCUUCUACUGCAACUCGGUGAGCUUCAUGUUGUCCAUUGCCCUCAUCAUUCUCCUCGUCAACCCCAACCUGUACAGGCCGGCGAUACGAAGCCACGCGCUGUCCGUUUGCACGGCGGCGGGCUUGUUCGGCCUCAUGGGUGCCUACGCCGCCGGAAGCACGCAGUACUUGAAGACAUCCAUCUACGUGUUCGUGUUGGUAGCAGUGGUCCUUUUCUUCAUAGUACUAUUGUUCAUGGUAUUUUUGUUCACGGGCGGCGGAAGCACUACACGAGGGGUGGUGACGCCCAACAGCCACAGCAAUAGCAACACAACACAAGGAGCAGAUGUGGAGAAGACAGAAGACAAGGUGGUCACCAGGAAGAAGAGGAUACAUGCCAACCGCAAGUACCUCAUGCUGCUAGGAAUCCUUGUGGCAAGUGUCACCUACCAGGCCGGCUUGGAACCGCCAGGCGGAGCUUGGCAGAGCAGCAACGAAGGAUACGAGGCCGGCAACCCGGUCCUGCAUGACAACAGGAGGCCCCGGUACCUUGGUUUCUUCUACAGCAACUCCACUUCGUUCAUGGCAUCCAUUGUGGUCAUCCUGCUCCUACUGGUACCCAAGGAGCAAUUUGAGAAGCAAGCAAGGCUCAGGAGCUGGCUUGUGGUGAUGAACACAACAAUUGUGCUGGAUUUGCUUGGGCUCCUAGGUGCCUACGCAGCCGGCUCAAGCAGGGGGUGGAAGACAUCGGUGUAUGUCUUCGUGCUGAUCAUAGCCGUGCUGGCCUACAUGGCAAUCCAUCUCAUGUUGUCCUGCAUCAGCAAGCAGAAAGAGAAAAACCAGGACUCAUCACAAGUGCAAUCACAAGUGUAUGUUGGAGGUAUGCCCUAGAGGCAAUCAUAGAGAUGAUGAUAUUCCAUUUGUAUCCAUGAUUUAUAUUGUGUUCAUUGAAUAUCCAUU